AAAGGCAGGUGUUAUUCUUACAUUGACGUACCUGUAGUUCCAACAGUAUUAGCAACAGCCAUCGGUUGAGUAUUAAAGCACACAAUGACCAAAAAGUCGAAAAAGCAAUCGACGCUGGCCGUGGAACCAGUUACGCAGUCUGCCAUGGAACCAAUAGUUUCGCAAGCUGAACUCAGUGAGGAACUUGAGGCACCGCUGGAGCAAUCGCUGGAUAAGAGCCUCGAAGUGUUUCUCUGGCUGAUGGCGUACAGUGUGCUGAUGUUCACGCUGCCCUUCCUGGGCUUCUAUGGUGUGCGCUCCUGGCUGAUGGAAUCAUAUCCCGAACUGAGCUUGUUUGAAGUGAACGCCUACUCUGUGCUGACAGCUGUGCUGGUGGUCAAUGCUAUUGUCGCCAUGUAUGUGUUAAAGGCGAUUCGCGAAAAGGAUCCUCCUUUGACAUCUAGCCAAGAGGAAGAUAAGAAAGAACAGUAAUUUAGUUUAAGAACAGCCGUCUUAAUAAAAACCACUUUUGUAACACAACAA